AUGACUGCAUACUGGAUCCAACUACAUCUUGCAGAAGAGAAUCAUACCAACGCAUAUACCCGACACGCCAUCAUGUCAGAGUGCAGGGGCUUAUUCCAGACAGUGGCUGUGUUCAUCGCGUUUAUACUAAGCAUCCUAUGUCUCUUCGCAGGGACACAGAGAAAUCUCCUGAAUAAUGUGGAUAUCUUAACACUCUAUACGCCCGCAGACCUCACCGGCAGUGGAGCGAACGAUUUCUAUUCCAUCCACAUCAUGUCCUACUGCCAGGGGACACUAGGGACAACCGACCCCAACGGAGGAGUCACGCGCAACUUGACCGAAUGCUCAAACCGCACGGUUCUAUCCUCAUUUGACCCGACCAAAGCCUGGCCAAAGGAGAUCACCGGUCAGGAACUGGGUUGGCCACGCGUGAUCAGCGAUGACUUCCACGCUCUCAGAUUGACAAGUCGAGUUAUGGCGGUGUUAUACUGUAUGGGAGUUGGGGCGAUGGGGGCGACGAUACUUGUACGAGUAUGGACAACUCUUGCUCCACGACCCGGCCAGGGUCCGUGUGAAUUUUGGCUUUUCAUGGUCGGAUCUCUCAGCAUCAGCAUCGCAUCCAUAAUCGCCACGGUCAUUGCUUUUGAAUUCGUUGCUCUGAUCAACGCUCACGGCAAGGGCUGGAACGUGUCAGCCCAUUACGGAGAGAAAUUUCUCGGGAUGACUUGGGCCGCAGUGGGGCUGUUACUCGCCGGUAGUAUCGCUUGCUUUGCGAAUGUCUUUGUUCCCAAACGGGCUGCAUCUACGUCCGUCGAAAAGGAUAUAGAGGGGUAA